UCCUGAGACAGUUCUUUCCCCCGGUAUUGCUUUAUUUAAAAAGACUCGGAUCGGGGAAAAAACACCACCACCCCCCCGUCUCUCUCUCUCCCAACACUCGAAUCCUGCGUGAAAAAAAAGUCGGCCGGUCUGCAAGAAUAUUGUCAAUAUUAAAUCGGUCUGUGGUGCAAAGAGGUGUUGCAAUAGAGGAACUCAGAAAGUCGAGCAGCAUCCAUCGAAGGCAAUAAUGGAAGCACAGAGCAUUAUCCCAGAAGGAAGUGACUCCCUACAUUCUCCCUGAGGGUUUCCUCCAACUGCUCCGGUUUCCUCCCACUUUGCAGCAACGUACAGGUUGCGUUGUGCUGUUUGGUACCACGUCAAGCCAACAUGGUCACCCACUGCUUCCUGCACGGCGUGUUUCUGUUGUGGGUGCUGGCCAAUACUCACUGUACCGAUGCACGUGCACUGACCCAUCAAGGAGAUGCCGGACAGAAAGUGUUUAUGGAUGAACGUGAAGCGACUACCUUCUUAAACCGGAAGCUGCUCUACAACAGCUGGGAUUUUGAGCUCUUAACUCCAGGAAAUAUUGAACGCGAAUGCUGUGAAGAAGUGUGCAAUUACGAGGAGGCACGUGAAGUCUUUGAGGACGAUGAUAAGACGCUUCAAUUCUGGAAUGAGUACAAGCAGAAGCCGGGAGGCCCCACUGCCCACAAGUUUGAUGUCGCCGGCCUGGUGGCAGGCCUCAUCACUGCCUUCAUCCUCCUCAUCCUGAUUGGACUCCUUGUGGCCUACUUCUUCAAGCAGAGUGGGAAGCGGGAGAGACCGCCGGAGUACCGAGGGCAAGUCCCAAACACGGCCAGCCAACCAGCCCUGAGACCGAGCGAGGUGGUGCCCCUGAACACACUGGAGGCCAGAGCCCCUGGGCUGCCUUCCUACGAGGAGGCUCUGAGGAGAUCGGGCCAAUACGAUGCCCCACCCCCUCCGUAUGCUGGGGGGUCCAUGCGGGAACAACAACCCAGCUGAAACUUGGAAUUCCACUGGAACUUUUCCUGAAUGUUUUUUUUUUACAUCCACUGGAAAAGUCCUGUAACGUGGAGAAGAAAAGGUACCAGAGAGUAUUUGAAGAAUCACGAGACAAGAUUUGGGGGGUGGGGGGAGGGUGAGGGAAGGGGUGGGAGUUCCUGAAAAAGUCUUUGGGAUUUCUGGGGUGUGUCCUUCUAAGUAUUUCUCUCGGAGAAUCAUCAGGAACCAGCAAACCCUCGGAUUUUCCCCAGUGCGAGCACUUCCAUCCUUUGGGCUCUGUGGGUGAUUAUCAUCCAAAGCUGAACGUUACUUUCCACUGAUUCAAUCGCCGAUUGAACAAUUUUCCCCAUUCUCCAUGUCGUCGGGGGAAGCACCUGUUAAGGAACAUUCGGGUCACGUUUGAGAGCACUCUGCCUGAAUUGGGUCUUCUGAUGUCCUCCAGCGUGGCAAGAGGCAAGUUAAUAGACUCUCGUUCCAUCAAGAAACUUUGGAGAGGGGUGGAGGUGGAGAGGGAGACCUGUGAAACUGUUGUAAUGACAGCACCACUCCAGCAGGUGAGGUAGAUAAAUAGGUCGAUGGUGAUGUCCUUUUUACAGAGCUCCCGUUGAGCAGAUAUUGAGGUGGGGGGUUGUGCAGGUGGGGGCAUGCCACUGAUGGGAGAGGCUGGGUGCGUUUCACUACUGAUUCUCCAAACCUCACCGGAUGGACCCAACAGUCCACCUCGCCAACACAGGCAAUCCCCCGGGUUACGGCUGGGCCCAGUCCCUGAGAACCGUGCGUACCUCAGAAACCGUUCCCACGUCAGGCGUCGCAAUCGGGCAGACAGGAGAGGGUGCCAGAGACGGUUGUGAUGGGUGACAAAGAAGGGGUGCUGGGUCGGAGUGAGGGAGGUCCUCUCGGUGCUCCCGGUUCGGGCCCGUGUCCCACAUCAGUCAAUUGUAACCCUGGGACGGCCUGUAACCUUAUUUGUUCUUAACACCUAUCUAAUGUGUACGAAUUUCUGGGGAGCUGAUCUUCUUUCCUCUGCCUCUUCUGCUCACAAUCUCCUCCCUGGGCCGGAAGAUGUACACCACACCCUUGAAAUGGGUUGGGGGAGGGUGGGGGGGGAGGGUUUGGGUCCAUAACCAAUGUUUAACCCAACCAGAGAGCUAGUGGAUGGGGAACUUGCUACCACACUCUGUACGGUGUGACUGCGGUUCACAAUGUCCUUCAUUGGCUACAUCUGGAGUAAACCAAGAUUAAGCCUGGUACCACACCUAUCUUUCCUUUGUGAAUAUUCUUAGUGUGUUUGAAGGUUACAUUUCUGAUUCCUGCUAAAUGACUUAAUAGUAUAGGAAAAUAAAAUCAAAAGAUCCUGGGUGAGGUGUGAAUUAGGGGCUGGAGUUUUCUCGUAGAUUUAUUUCUAUGUCAAUACCUGUUUGAGAAAGAGUUGAAUGGGGUGUAAGUGCAACCCAAACCUCGUGUCUACCAGAGGGCUUCAGCUAAAUCCACGCUUUAAUGGAAUAAUUCCCUGCAGAUAGAAUUCAAAUUGCCAGAACUUCUUUGAUGCUGGAUUUUAAUUCUCAGCCAAGAGCCUGUGAUUCAGACAGGAUUUCCCUGCAUAUCCUGUGACCACCCAGUCUAUCAGCCAAUGGAAGGAGGAACCUCCUAUACAGAUUGUACCAGAAACCACAGCAGCAUGAGACCUCCAGGAUUUCUAUGGUAUCCGGGCCUUGGCCUGUGACUGCACUCAUCCCUUCCCAAUCUACUCCGGCUGAUCCUGGGUGCUCACGUGAAAUGAGGCGGGCGCUGGGUGCCUUUUUUUUCUAAAAAUAGGCUGUAGUUGGAUGCGGGAGGGGGAGAAGAGUCGUAUGGAUAAUUGGAUAAUCAUUCAAAUAGGAGGGAAAAAUACACUGAGAUUUGGUGUUGAAGAUGAGGAUGAAUUGUGAGUGGGAAGAGGGAACAUUGUGGGUUAGUAAUCUCUGUGAGCAUUGAGUAAAGGGAGCAUUGGGUAUGGUCUGAUUUAACUGGACAGAGUGUCUUGGGAGUGUGGACUCCUGUUACUCUGGAAGAGGAUUACUUCCUCAUAGGAUACAAUCGUACUCUGGUAGACGUCACUUAGUCAAAUACCGAUAGGAAGCAGACAUUUUGGCCCAACUUGUCCAGUCUAAUACAAAUUUGUUUAUUACAUGUACAUCGAAACAGACUGUGAAGUGUGGUGUUUGCAUUAACAACCAACACACCUGAGGGUGUGCUGUGGGCAGCCCGCGAGUGUCGCCACACGUUCAGGUACCAACGUAACAUGCCCACCAUGCUCGGCAAAACAAAACAGAACACAGCAAGCAACAAAACAACAAUGACAAAACAAUCCCCGCUGCGUUCUCGUUCUCUCUCUCUCCCCCUCUCCCCCUCUCCCCCUCUCCCCCUCUC